AUGAAGUUUACGCAAGUCGCACUUCCACUUCUUUUCUCUGGUGCAGCUAUUGCUGCACCAGCUGUCUCCAAGACAUUGAAGGCAAGAUCUACUCAGAUUUGUGGUCAAUACGACAGUGUUGCCACUGGAGCUUACACCGUCUACCAAGAUCUUUGGGGUAAAGAUGCUGCAUCAUCUGGAUCCCAAUGUUCGACUGUUGAGUCUCUGAGUGGUACUACCAUAGCCUGGUCUACCUCGUGGAGCUGGGCAGGUGCCUCAAGCAGUGUCAAGUCAUACGCAAAUGUUGCCCUUGACUCAGUUGCUAAGACUGGUGUUCAAGUCUCUUCCAUUGCUAGCAUCCCAGCUAUCUGGAAGUGGGGAUACACCGGAUCUUCCAUCGUCGCCGAUGUUUCCUGGGAUGUUUUCACUGCUGCUACUUCCGGCGGAACCAACGAAUACGAAAUCAUGAUCUGGUUGGCUGCCAUUGGAGGUGCUGGACCAAUCUCAUCCACUGGUUCUGCCAUUGCCACUGCCACCAUUGCUGGUCACGAAUUCAAAUUGUACUCUGGACCAAAUGGAGACACCACUGUCUACUCUUUCGUUGCCACCUCCGAGGCCACCAACUUUGAUGGAGACCUUUUGGACUUCUUAACCUACUUGUCCACCAACGAAGGAUGGUCCACCAGCCAAUACAUUAACGUUUUGGAAGCUGGAACUGAGCCUUUCACUGGAACCGAUGCAGUAUUCAGCGUCUCCGCCUACAGUGUUGCAAUCUCUCUGGGAAGUUCCUCCGCAGUCAAAGCAGUCUCCAGCACAUCCACAUCCUCAACUAAAGUAGCCCCAGCCUCAACAUCCUCCGCACAAACACACACUAGCACUACUAAGGCAGCAGUCGCUGCCUCAGUUACCCCAACAUCAUCUGCAAAAGCACAAGUUAGCACUACCAAGGCUGCAGCAGUCUCAACCUCUACCACUUCCUCUUCCUCAAUUGGUUCUGUUGCUUUGUACGGUAACUGCACUGGUGGAUUGACUUGCUCUGCCGGUAGCUGUGUCGUGCAGAACGCAUACUACUCUCAGUUAAUUACGGCAAUCAUGUUCUUGGUUAAAUCGAAGAACGGUCUUGCAGAGGCCAUCCUAACUGAACCUUUCGACAUGUCUACUUAA